AUGGAAAGGGAUCGAGUUGCUGGAUCUUGCAACUCCCCUCCUUAUUUUGAUGGCAAUAACUACGCUGCAUGGAGAGAAAAAUUUGAGAUAUUCCUUGAUGCUCUUGAUGAGUAUGCAAGUGGGUAUCUCACAAAAGAGUGGGUUGCUCCGGUCAAGACUGUUGAGGGUGAAGUUGUGCCCAAGCCUAGGUCAGAAUGGACUGAAGCUGAGGUGUUUGCUGCAUAUUCAAACAAAAAGGCCAGAAAUGCCUUAGUUAUAGCCUUGUCUAGCACACAGUUUGCACAUAUACAACACAUCCUUAAUGCUAAACAGGCUUGGGAUAAACUAAGGGUGGUUCAUGAAGGGGACGACCAAGUUAGAACCCUAAAACUUCAUAUGGUGCUUGCACAAUUUGAAGAACUUAGGAUGUCUGAAACUGAGUCUAUUUUUGAGUUCUAUGGGAGAGUUGAGAUGAUCACAAAUGAAGCCAUGAGUCUUGGUCAACCUAUUGAAGAGCUUCUUGUUGUUCAGAAAAUUCUUCGUGUUCUACCAUCUAGGUUUAGAGCAAAGAAAACCGCAAUCAUGGAGGUGGUGAAAAAUCCUCAGGUUUUGAGGAUGAGAUGGCCUUGUUUGUCAAAAAAUUUAGGAGAAUUCUUAAGGAUAAGGGAAAGUUUGCUAGAAAGGGCAGCUCUGGUAGUGAGAAACAGUUUAGACCAUCAACUGAUUGGUCUAAUGAAAGGAACAAGGAUGUCAAACCUUUCACUAAAGAUUUUAGAAAAUCCGUCAAGUGCUUCACAUGUGGAGGCAUUGGGCAUUAUGCUGCCGACUGUGCAAACAAUCAGAAAAAAAUACUCCAAAGGAAAGGACAAGGCCAUGAAAGUGAGCUGGAGUGAGAGUGAAAGUGAAGUGUCUCAAGAGGAUUCGUCUUCCUCUGAUGAUGAUGACCAACAAGUUGCCUUUGUUGCCUCUGUGCAGCCCGUGUCUAAUGAAUCUGAUUCUGAGUCAGAUGACCUAUCAUACGAGUCAUUAGGAAGAAAAUAUGAUUGCUUGUUCAAAGAGACUUUGUCUUUGAAAGAAGAGAGCCUCAAACUUGAGGCCAAUAACCAAGAUCUUCAACAUGAAAUUCUCAUCUUAAAAGAAACCAAAAAGGAGGUGAGUGACAAAUUUGAGUCUCUAGAAAAAGAAAUUGUUGCUCUUGUGUCAAUUAGGAGUAAUCUAGAGAAUCAAGUUAAUGUGCUCAAGGAAAGUAACAUUGGUUUCCAGAACUAA